CGCUGACGUCAAGCCGAGGCCUACAGGACGACGUACAAGGUGUUACUGACUGCGCGGAUGAGGGCGCUGUGUCCUGCCUGGCCUCGGCCCCGCUGGGUUUGGCGAUUUCUCGGUUCCGUGUUAGCGACUUUGUGAGGUUCUUCCUGUGACGGGAUCCGAAGAGGAGGCGGCUCCCCUGGGGACCCGAGACGUUCACCCCGGUGAUUGGCUGGAGCGGAUCCCUGAGCUGUGAGUUCAGAGGACGCAGCUUGGUAUGGAAGAAGUUUCUAACAAAACAGAUAGUUCAGAAUCUGUACAGACGAUUUCUUUCCCAGCUUCAGCUUUUCAGGCAUCACAUCUUGCUCAACAGAUGGCACUAAGAGGUACAACUACUCCCUUGACUGUUGUGCUUCCUGGGGAGCAACAGGUCCAGGUACAAGGUGUUAUUCAGACCGCUCAGUCCUCUGUGAUACACUCUCCUCAGGUUGCAGCAUCACAGGCAUCAUCGCUAUCAGAUAGUGAAGACUCUCAGGACUCCUCCGACAGCAUUGAUUCCUCCAGGAAGGCGCGUGGUAUUUUAGCUCGUCGACCUUCCUAUAGGCAAAUCUUGAAAGAUCUCUCUUCUGAUGACACUGGAAAGCGAAAUGAGGAAGCUGGAGCAUCUGGUACACCUACAACCACCACAAUAUACCAGACCAGCAGUGGACAGUAUGUUACCAUUGGUCCUAAUGGAACCUUCCAGCUUGCUGGAACAGAUGCAAUGCAAGGAUUACAGACAUUAGCAAUGGCCAAUGCUAGUAGCAACCAGCAAGGCACAACUAUACUACAGUAUGCACAGACAUCAGAUGGCCAGCAAAUUCUUGUACCCAGUAACCAAGUGGUUGUACAGACUGCUUCAGGAGAUAUGCAGACUUAUCAGAUCCGUACCACUUCAACCACCACCUCACUACCACAGACUGUGGUCAUGACCUCACCCGUAACGCUGACUUGUCCCCCUACAAAGUCAGAUGACCCACAACUGAAGCGCGAAAUUAGAUUAAUGAAAAACAGGGAGGCCGCCAGAGAAUGCCGGAGAAAGAAGAAAGAAUAUGUCAAAUGCUUGGAAAACAGAGUGGCUGUUCUUGAAAAUCAGAACAAAACAUUAAUUGAAGAGCUAAAGACUUUAAAAGAUCUGUACUGCCAUAAAGCAGUGUAAAUCAGUUUUCGUACUUGUACACAAGUUUUAGAGAAGUUUUUUUUUUUCUUUU